CAUGGCAAUUGCACUGACGUGUUGAAACCCCGCCAGACUGCGCAGAAUUUAGUGUCUACACAUACGUCUAUCGGAAGUGAAUCCCUGAAUGUUUACAGUCCAGUUUUGUAAAUUGUGACUUGACUGACGUUUCACAUAUAUCUUACCGCAGUUUAUAAAUGGAGAGUGAUCGCAACCGAAAUCCGAUUCAACACAUCCAAACGAAUGAUUGUUUUAAUCUAUGGCGCAAUUGGAGCGGGUUUUGGCUCAUUGGAUUAUGCAACAACUUUGCAUAUGUGGUUAUGCUCAGUGCAGCUCAAGACAUCCUUAAAAAACAGCAGUUUAAAAACACCACCACAUUUAACUCUUCUUUGAUUAUAUUGGAUACAGAAUUUGAAAAUCUGAAUAAUGGCAACAGCAGUUACUAUGACUGCAGUUCUGUCUCAACGGCGGCUGUACUACUAGCUGACAUAUUUCCAACCCUCAUCAUUAAGAUAUCUGCUCCACUUGUUAUCCACAAAAUGCCUCAUGGAUUUCGAAUCUUAUUCUGUGUCAUCAUGGCUGCAACAAGUUUCCUUGUUGUUUCUUUCUCUUCAACUGUCUGGAUGAGCAUUUUAGGUGUUAUUUUUGCCAGUACCAGUUCAGGAUUUGGAGAGUUAACCUUCCUUUCCCUCACAGUCUUCUAUAACAGGAAUGUACUUGGGGCCUGGGGUUCAGGGACUGGUGGGGCUGGUGUUGUGGGAGCCCUCCUUUAUUCAAUUUUGACACAAGUUGGCCUUUCACCCCAGGUUACACUUUUAAUCAUGCUGAUCAUUCCAGUCACAAUGCUGAUUAGCUAUUUCUUCCUGCUGGUUCCACCACCUUCAUAUCCUCAGUGGAAAUAUGGACAAAUCGAUAAUAGCAUUGAGACAUCUGAGGAGAGAGAGCCGCUAAUGGUGGGAUCCCAAGAAGAGCAGGAAACACAUAGCCAAGAGAACAGGAGGACUGGACUGCUCACUCUCACAGAGAAAUUGCAUACCUUCAAAACCUUGAUACCGUUUGUCUGUGCCUUGGGAGUUGUCUAUUAUGCUGAAUACUUCAUUAACCAGGGCUUGAUGGAGCUCCUGUAUUUCCAAAAGUUUUUCCUCAACCAUGCAGAGCAGUAUCGCUGGUAUCAGACAUUUUAUCAGGUUGGGGUGUUUAUCUCUCGAUCCUCGCUUUGUUGUAUGAAGAUCAGGAAACUCUGGGGCCUUGCUUUACUCCAGGUGUUGAAUGCAGUGCUGCUCUUGCUGGAGGUGUGUUACAAAUUCCUGCCUAAUACCUGGUUGGUGUUUGCCAUCAUCUUCUAUGAGGGUCUUCUUGGUGGAACUGCAUAUGUUAACACCUUCUACUUCAUUAGCAAAGAGAUGUGCCUGGCCGCACAUGCCUAACUAGUCAUGAUAUAGAUGUGGGUGAUCCUGUUCCUGUGAAAUAACGACCAUAUCGAAUGAACCAUGCGUUGAGCAGAUUCUGCGGAAGGAGGUGCAGUACAUGCUGGACUAUGACUUUAUAGAACCCAGUGACAGUCCGUGGAGUUCACCAAGUGUACUUGUGGCUAAGAGUGGUGGUGGUGGUUGGCCCUGCUGCGCGAAGAUGAAAAAUCUCAAUGCACUGUCACGAACUGACUCUUACCCUCCGCCGAGAGUGGAUGAUUACAAUGAUCACGUCGGUCAAGCAACGUAGGUGAGUAAGUUUGACCUUCUGAAGGGCUUCUGGCAGGUGCUGCUCAUGGACCGUGCUAAGAAGAUUGUGGCACUCGCUACACCUGAGGGACUAUAUCAAGACAAAAUGAUGCCGUUUAGCUUGAAGAAUGCCCCAGCUACAUGUCAAUAGAAUGACAUCAAGUCUGGAAGGUGUAAAAGCCUACAUGGAUGAUGUCAAUCGUUUACGCCAUGGAAGAAGAUUCAGGAGUUCUUCGAGAGAUUGUCGGCACGGAAGCUGACUGUCCAUUUGGAAAGGCCAAGGUUGCAUUCCUGGGGCAUUGUUGUAAGGCGCAGCCGGAUACAACCAGUUAGUGCUUAGGUGGAGGCUCUUGCACGCACUGAUGCACUCUCCAAAGUAAUGUUCUGUUUGUGUUUUGAUACUUUUGUUUUUUCCCGUGUUUUCGUUUCUGUAUUUUUUGAUAUAUAAUAUAUUAUAAUAUGUUAACGAAGUGUAACUAAUAUAAUAUAUAACUAGGUGUUACUUAGUUAUAUUACAACAGAAAUUUUCUCUGCAAAUUUCUGUUCCUUAAUGUGUGUGUGUGUGUAUUUUUAUUCUUUGUUCUCUUCAGUUUCCUUUUAUGCUUUUAAGUUGAUGCACUCUCCAAAGUAAUGUUCUGUUUGAUUUUUGAUACUUUUGUUUUUUCCUGUGUUUUCGUUAUUGUAUUUUUUGAUAUAUAAUAUAUUAUAUGUAACGAAGUGUAACUAAUAUAAUAUAUAACUAGGUGUUAGUUAUAUUACAACAGAAAUUUUCUCUGCAAAUUUCUGUUCCUUGGUGUGUGUGUGUGUGUGUGUGUGUGUGUGUGUGUGUGUGUGUGUGGUGUGUGUGUGUGUGUGUGUGUAUUUUUAUUCUUUGUUCUCUUCAGUUUCCUUUUAUGCUUUUAAGUUGUUAAGAUGUGGAUCUUUGUGACACUGUUUCCUUUCAUACUUUUAAGUACAUAUUAUGUGACACAGUCCUCUAAUGCUCCUGUGUCCGUGUGACGCAGAAGUAUGAAAUGUUUCAAGCAUUACCUACAGUGAAGAAAAUAGGUAUUUGAACACCCUGCUAUAUUGCAAGUUCUCCCACUUAGAAAUCAUGGAGGGGUCUGAAAUUUUCAUCGUAGGUGCAUGUCCACUGUGAAAGAGGUAAUCUAAAAAGAAAAAUCCAGAACUCACAAUGUAUGAUUUUGUUUACAACAAUUUAUUUGUGUGAUACAGCUCCAAAUAAGCAUUUGAACACCUGCGAAACCCAAUGUUAACAUUUGGUACAAUAGCCUUUGUUUGCAAUUACAGAGGUCAAAUGUUUCCUGUAGUUGUUCACCAGGUUUUCAAACACUGCAGGAGAGAUUUUGGCCCCCUCUACACAGAUCUUCUCUCGAUCAGACAGGUUUCUGGGCUGUCACUGAGAAACGCUGAGUUUCAGCUCCCUUCAAAGAUUAUCUAUUGGGUGUAGCUCUGGAGACUGUUUAGGCCAUGCCAGAACCUUAAUAUGCUUCUUAUGGAGCCAAUCCUUGGUUUUCCUGGCUGUGUGGAUCGGGUCAUUGUCAUGUUGAAAGACCCAGCCACGACCCAUCUUCAAUGCGCUGACUGAGGCAAAGAGGUUGUUCCCCAAAAUAUCACAAUGGCCACAGUCAUCCUCUCCUUAAUACUGUGCAGUUGUCCUGUCCCAUGUGCAGAAAAACACCCCCAAAGCAUGAUGCUACCACCCCCAUGCUUCACAGGAGGGAUGGUGUUCUUGGGAUGGAACUCAUCAUUCAUCUUCCUCCAAACACAGUGAGUGGAAUUAUGACCAAAAAGUUCCAUUAUGGUCUCAUCUAUCUGACCACCAAACUUUCUCACGUGACUCCUCUGCAUCAUCCAAAUGGUCAUUGGCAAACUUAAGACGGGUCUUGACAUGUGCUGGUUUCAGCAGGGGAACCUUCCAUGCCAUGCAUGAUUUCAAACCAUGACGUCUUAGUGUAUUACCAACAGUCACCUUGGAAACAGUGGUCCCAGCUCUUUCCAGGUCAUUGACCAAGUCCUGUCAUGUAGUCCUGGGCUGAUUCCUUACCUUUCUAAGGAUCAAUGAGACCCCACGAAGUGAUAUCUUGCAUGGGUCUCCACUCCGAUUGAGAUUGACCAUCAUGUUUAGCUUCUUCCAUUUUCUAAUGAUUGCUCCAAAGGUAGACCUUUUUUCACCAAGCUGGUUGGCAAUUUCUCCGUAGCCCUUUCCAGCCAUGUGGAGUUGUACAAUUUUGUCUUUGGUGUCUUACAACAGCUCUUUAGUCUUGGCCAUGUUACAAGUUUGAAUCUUACCGAUUGUAUGGGGUGGACAAGUGUCUUUAUGCAGCUAACAACCUCACACAGGUGCAUCUGAUUCAGGAUAGUACAUGGAAUGGAGGUGGACUUUUAAAGGCAGACGAACAGGUCUUUGAGGGUCAGAAUUAGAGCUGAUAGACAGGUGUUCAAAUCCGUAUUUACAGUUGUAUCACACAAAUAAAUCAUUAAAAAAUUAUACAUUGUGAUUUCUGUAAUUUUCUUUCGAGAUUAUCACUCUCACAGUGGACAGGUGUUCAAAUACUUACUUUCUUCACUGUAUAUAAGGAUGAGGAAGACAGACAAUGGGGCUUCUUCUUGCGACCUAACCGCUGCUCUGGGAAACUACGCUGCUUGGAACCCUAACUACAUGGACACUGCCACCUUUCAUUUUUUGGACUGGCUGGAACUUUCGCUAACUUGAAAUACCCGCUGGGACGAACAGUUGCUUGUUUGGGAACACUCGUUCAGCAUUGGUGACUAUUCGAUUUUGUGUUAGCUAUUUUAUCGUGUUCAUGUUGUGUUGAUGUGUGUGCGAUUAAUUUGUCAGAAACGCAAUCCAACUGCUUUGUCGCAUUUUGCUGGUUUGAACAAAGGGGAUGUUAGUCUAAAUUCAUAUGUAACACAACAAACAAUUGAUUAUCUGUAUUAAUGAUUUUCUUCCUUCAGGAAUGAAUCAGAUUGGCCAAAUUCAUCUGGAUUUUUUUU